AUGGUGCCGCUGAGCUGGCGCUGGGGCGAUCCUCCGGCCGUGCUCGAGAACGUGCUCGGUGGCGAUGGAGUCGUGGCCAUUCCCAGUGAGUCGAGCUAUGGACUGGCCGCCGACCCGAGCUCGGCCGCGGCGGUGGCGGCGGUCUAUCGUCUCAAACGGCGGCCGGCCGACAAGCCCUUGUUGGUGGUGGCUGCGAGCCGCGAUCAACUGGCCGGCUUGGGAAUACGUGCGCCGCAUCAGGUGCUCGACCAGCUGGCUGGGGUUUGGCCGGCGGCGUUGACCGCGGUGUUGCCCAUCGAAAGGCCGCUACCGGCGAGUUGCGGCAGCCUGAGUUUGGCGGUGCGAGUACCGGCACACCGGCGGCUGCGCGAGCUACUGCGGGCGCUGGGACCCCUGACUUCGACCAGUGCCAACCCAGCCGGUGCGCCGCCUUUUUGUAGCACGGCGGAGGUCACCGAGUGGUUGGCCGGCGAGGCAGGCGAUCUGCCCACUGCAGUGGUCGACGAUGGCGAUCUGCCAGGUGGUUCGGCGUCGACGGUAGUGGCCUGGGAGUCGUCUAGGUGGCGCCUGCUACGCCAAGGCGCGGUAGCCUGGCCGCCGGUAAAUGAAACCUCGGCCAACCUUUUGACGAACAAGACAAGCAGUGGGUCGGCAUCUUCGCCGGCCGAUUGA